CCACAUUGUUCGUAAGGAAGAAGUCAGAACGGGUUGGAAGCAGGUUCUCAAAAAGAAACCGUGAGCCCUUACGUGUAAUUUUCAUUAUUAUCCACAACUUAACCAAGUAUUAAUCUAAAAAAAAAUAAUAAUAGGUUGAAAUAAUAUAAAGUCAUUGCAUGUAAAGAUUUAACAUUGUAUCACGCUUAUUAAAGCAGCAGUAAUAUAACUGAAGAUCUACGCUGAGGAAAUCAAAUGUCGUCGUGGGUGAAGAAGGCUGGGGGCAUAUUACCACCGCCAAACAGUGGAGGAGGUGGGCCAAACCCUCUCAGGUCUUUUAGGAGACAACCAUAUCCUAUGAGGGAGGAGAGAAAAGAGGAUCACCAGAAAUCUGAGAGUUUUGAAAGUUUGAAAGAAGUGACUGACUACUCUGGCACAAAAGACAAUGAGCAUUCACCUCAUCAGUCAACUGCUGUUUCUCUACAAGAGUAUGAUCCAUCAGCUCAACGCACUGCCGUAUUCAAGAAGUUCUACCAGCAGCUACAUGGAGAUGGUGCGAGACAGCCUGCAGACUGUGUCGUCCUGUCCGUCAGCAUCCAGAGUUUGGAUUACCCCAAAUCGAUAGGCCAGUGUUUGCAGGAACGCGGCCUCUCGGUGGAAAUGCUUUACCUGCAGGCUGAAUCAGGCCUGACCCGGGCCCUCCAAGAUGUCCGCUCAGACGGUUCCCCCUUAUGUAUUCUCGUCGAGCAGAAUAAUGUAACUCUCUCCUCGUGCACUGUAAUCAUAUUUUCAGAGUCCCUCAAAAUUCAUCGAAACAUGCCCAAAGAACAGGCCAUGGAGUUUGUGAUGGUGGAGUUCAGGCACGUGAGUGGCUCACGGCAGGAGCCGGACCCCACGGAGGCAGCGGUGCGGGCGGCUGAGCUGACAGAGGACUACCUGGAGCGCGGCAAGCUGGAGCACCACGCUGUUCCCUCUGCCACACGCCACCUGCUCUUUCUCCUGGCCGAAGGUUUGCACCUUUACCCAGAGGAGCUCAGCACGCUGGCAGAGUACCUUCAAAACCGCCAGGACCAUCUGCAAGCAACUUCCACUGACGUGGACAGUGAGGUGACUCCUGUGAUAAACAGUCUGCCUCCAGGGUUAGGAAAGCCCCCACCACUUCUACCUGCUGGCUCUGGACUACCACCACCAAGAGAGCGGACAAACCCAUCCUUAGGCUCAGGAAAUGCACCUCUAGGCCUUCACAUGGGAUCGCAAGGCUCAUAUCCCAAAACAAAACCACCACCUCUGCUUUCCAUACAAACUCUUAAGCCACCUUCUCACAGAUCAACUGCCCCCCAUGGUCCUUCAACCACACGUGCCCCCUCAGUCUCUCAUGGUCCUUCUUUUGGUUCCCUGCCAUCUAGAGGGCCACUGGCCCCUCAGGCUCUUGACAAACCUCAACCUCUUCUAGGCAUAACACCUCCUUGUGGUCCAUCCCUGACUCGUAGCCCUCUCCUUGAUCACAUACCUCAUGGUUUCCACUCCCCUCGAGGGCUGUUGCCGCAUCCGGGGUCUCAUUCAUUGCGACCCCCACUGCAGAAUGGCCCCCGGGGUCCAAGGGUACCACCACCUUCACUUAGGAGCCUUCAUAUGGGAGCCCCAACAGGUUCAGGUCCACGCCCCCCACGACGCCUGCUCCCUUGAUUCACUCAGGACAUCUGAUUAAAAAUGUAGGCCUCUACAGCCAUGUGAGACAGUUGAUAAAUUUUAGACUAAAAUGGUCUUCUGUUUUGUAUUUUUUUAGGAAUUUGCCCUUUCUUUUUGGUCAUCCUAUCAGGAUCUCAUUCAAUGUUUACAAAUUGUGUUGUCUUAAAAAAAAAAAGAAAAAAAAAAAAAAAAGUGAUGUUAUCUUUAUUUUAUGGACUUUGCUCCCUUCCACAUCUGUAAACAAAUUUUGGAAUAAAUAUCAAACAUUUCAGUGGCAUUCUGUACAUUGACUUUACAAAAUGUGUUGUAGCAGAAGUGGUCUUAAAGCAAUGGUUGAAUGUAUUUCAAUGAAUUAAAGGAUUAAGAUUUUGUCAUCAUGUACUCAUUCUCACCCAUAUGACUUUCUUUCCACAACAAAACACAAAAGAUACACUUUCGCUUCAGUCACUUUCAUUGCAUCUUUUUUCCCCCCAUACAAUGAAAGUGAAUGGUGCACAGUGUUUUUUCCUUUGUCAAAACAAGUGGUUUGGGUGGGACAUAUUGAAAGACUUGUCCCUUUGUUUUAAAGGCCCAGUAGCCUUCAGUUUACAUGAUGAAACAAGCCGUGGCUUGAACCAUUAAUUUGCUGCUUGCUAUUGCUAGUCUGAGGCAGGUAGUAUUUGGGGAUGGGACAUUCACAUUCUAGAGAGCAUUUCAUUGGACAAAAAUGUGGAUAUGCUAGUGAAUUCAGGAUGAGUCUGGUUUUUGGAAUAGAAAUAUAUUAGGAGAAAGCAUAUUUAAAUGUGAAUACCUGCUCAGUAAAUAUUGUCAACUUUUAAAAGUACACUGCCAUAUACACUUAAUGAGCACUUUAUUAGGAAGACAUGUACACAUACUUAUUCAUGCGAUUAUCUAAUAAGCCAGUCGUGUGGCAGCAGUACAAUGCAUAAAAUCGAGCCGAUACGGGUCAGGACCUUCAGUUCAUGUUCACAUCAACCAUCAGAAUGGGGGGGGGGGAAAUGUGAUCUCAGUGAUUUCGACCUUGACAUGAUUGGUUGUGCCAAACAGGUUGGGUUGAAUAUUUCUGUAACUGUUGAUCUCCUGGGAUUUUCACGCACAACAGUCUCUAGAGUUUAUGCAGAGUGGUGAUAAAAAAACUUACAGUGAGCAGCAGUUCUGCAGACAGAAAAUUCUUGUUGAUGAGAGAGGUCAAUGGAGAAUGGCCAGACUGGUUUGAGAUGACAGAAAGGCUUCAGUAACUUGGGUAACCACUGUGUACAAUUGUAGUGAGCAGCAUAGCAUCUCAGAAUGCACAACACGUUGAACCUUGAGGCAGAUUGAUUACAACAGCAGAAGACCACGUCGGGCAAAGUAUUGGGACCAUAGUGUUCCUAAUGAAGUGCUCAGUGAGUGUAGAUGGCCUUUAUGCCAACAGCAUUAAAAAGCCCCACAUAAGCCCCAAAUGUCCUUUUCGUCCCCAAAGUUGGGGUCCAUAAGUCUUUUCUAGGGAUGUUUGUAUGAACUUGGCACAAUUGGAUUGGUUAAAUUUCUCAUUCAAUUCUACAUUCCUCUAUGCAAAUUUCCUCAAAAUUCAAAGUUGAUUGUACCAACUGACUGCAAUUUUCAGGUCAUGCUACAAAUUUUAUUAUUGGAUUCAAAUUUGAACCACUCCAGAAUACCAACCGUUUAUUCUUUGGAACUUUGUUCUACUGGAACAAAGUUAGUCGCUGCACUAAACAGGCCGUUGACUGACUGAUGCAGACACCCCUAAUGGAUUUUGGCUCCAUCCAUGUUGCCCUUGAUGACAACAAGCUUUUUAGUUUCUCAUGCUAAAAAAAGAAAUCCCAGAACACCAUGCUGCCACUGCACUUGACUGUAGUGAUGGGGUUACAUGGGUGUAGAGCACCCAACACAGCAGUUUGAGACUCACUAGAGACCACGAAAUCUUUCCCUUUUUAGGGUUUGUAUACUGGUCCCACUUUUCUUUUUUUCUUUCUUUUUUUUUUUUAUUCAGAGAAAAACGUCAGAAUUAUUAGAUUCUAAUCAGAAGAUAAAACUUUGACAGACACACACAAACAUGCUACUUUUAGAUGACAUUUAGCAGAACAUCCUUUGACCCUAUUAGAAUAAUUGUGCAUAACUAAUACUUGUUUAAAGUCUGCCUUUGUAUAUAGACCUUGUUCAGAGUAUAGCGCCAUAUUUGCUUUUGACAGGAGUGAAAACGAGGCUACGAGGGAUCGUAGUCUUUUAAAUGGCAUUUACACCUCUGUGUAAAGGUUUUAGAUUCCAUCUAAUUUUCACAACUCUUGUUUUCUGGAGGGUAUUGUGUAUUGACAUUUUUGGGAAAUAUAUUUUUUUCUCAAUGUUUUGUCAGCUGAACGAUAAACACAUGUUUAAAACAACAGUACAGCCCUUUAAGAAACUGUACUUCUAUUUCUCAGCCUAAAUUUUAUUCCCGCCAAAUGAGUCUUUUGGUGGGAUAUAUAUAUAUAUAUAUAUAUAUAUAUAUAUAUAAAGCACACUUUUAUUUAUUGCAUAUUUCUUUAAAUGCUUUGGCAAUAUUGUAAAAUGUUAACGAUCAUGCCAAUAAAGCUU